GGCACAGCAGCGCUCUAGUCAGUCAGUCAGAAGCUCAGCGUUUACGUCCAAACCUGCACAUGCUCCUCUGACGCUCCUCUGCAUGGCCACUGAGCCUCAGGAUGUACUUAAUGAUCACAGCAAUGAAAGCUCAGAUUGAGAGUAUUCCCUGUAAAAUCUGUGGAGAUAAAUCAUCAGGGAUUCAUUAUGGCGUAAUAACCUGUGAGGGAUGCAAGGGUUUCUUCAGGAGGAGUCAGCAGGGCACUGUGUCAUAUUCAUGUCCUCGGCAGAAGAGCUGUCUGAUCGACCGUACCAGCAGAAACCGCUGCCAGCACUGCCGUCUGCAGAAAUGCUUAGCAGUGGGCAUGUCAAGAGAUGCUGUGAAGUUCGGGCGCAUGUCUAAGAAGCAGAGGGACAGUCUGUUCGCAGAGGUUCAGAAGCACCGUCAGCAGCAGCAGGAGGAUAAAACUGGUGAUGAGUCUGAGAAGAACCAGGAAAGUCAAGCUCCAGGAGAAGCAGAACCGCUCACACCCUCAUACGCCCUGUCCAGCAACGGGGUCACAGAGAUCCCUGAUGACCUCAGCGGAUACGUCAACGGCCAGACCCAGGAGGAGGGCAAGGCAGACUCGGCCAUCGGGGGAUUUUACCUGGACAUUCAGCCCUCUCCAGACCAGUCGGGUCUAGACAUGGAUGGCAUUAAACUAGAACCUGUGUGUGACCUCAGCUCAGACUCUGGCCUAGAUCAAUACUGCUGCUAUAGCAAUGGAGAUGCUUCACCUCCUCAUGAUGAUUUAGAACAUCUGUCAGAGAACAUCUGCAAGUCUCACCUGGAGACGUGCCAGUAUCUUCGAGAAGAGCUUCAGCCCAGCAACUGGCAGACAGUCCUACAGAACAGCCUGGAGGCGUACCAAAAAAAGUCUCAGGAGGACAUGUGGCAGCUGUGUGCGGUGAAAGUCACUGAAGCUGUGCAGUAUGUGGUGGAGUUUGCCAAGCGCAUCGAUGGAUUCAUGGAGCUCUGUCAGAACGAUCAGAUCGUGCUGCUCAAAGCAGGUUCUUUAGAAGUGGUGUUUGUGAGGAUGUGCCGGGCGUAUAACUCCCAGAACAACACUGUCUUUUUUGACAGCAAAUAUGCAGGGCCGGAGGUCUUCAAAGCAUUGGGCUGUGAUGAUCUUAUCAGCUCUGUGUUCGAGUUUGCUAAGAGUCUGAACUCUCUUCAGCUCAGUGAAGAUGAGAUCGGCCUGUUUUCAGCAUAUGUGCUCAUGUCUGCAGAUCGCUCCUGGCUGCAGGAGAAGACCAGAGUAGAGAAACUCCAGCAGAAGAUUAAGAUCGCCCUGCAGAACCUCCUGCAGAAGAACCAGAGGGAUGAGGGAAUUCUAACAAAGCUUGUCUGUAAAGUAUCCACAGUUCGGAUGUUAUGCCGUCGCCACAUGGAGAAACUGAGUGCAUUCAGAGCUCUUUACCCAGAAAUGGUUCACACACGUUUCCCUCCACUCUAUAAGGAGUUGUUCGGCUCAGACUUUGAGCAGAUUCUGCCUCAGGAGGCCUGAUAGAGACUUAAUACUGCACAGAUUCAGAGAAAGAGAGAUAAAAAGAGAGAGAGAGAGAGAAAGAGAGAGAGAAAGAUAAUACUAACAUGCUGACAAGAACUCUUAAGCUCACUUCAGCCUCAGUUCAUGUACACUGCAUUCUCACAAAGCAGUCCAGCCACACUUUGCCCCAACGGGACGGUCUGAAGAUGCAUAAAAAACUAACAAACAAACAAACUUGUAACAUGCAUCCAAGCGUUCUUCAAUGCUCCAGCGUAAUCUUUCAGUCUCCAGCUCUGACUGCAUGAGGACACGCCCACUGCGUUUGACUGACACACAGCGCCCUCUAGUGGCAGCUGUAAGGAAAUGAACGUCUGGAGCUGUCUUUCUUUUCUCCGGUGGCACAAUAAAACAGCCCAUGUUGGUGCUACCAUCACAGCACUGCCCUUUACCAACCUCUUCCACACUUCCAGCAGGGACAUCGAUUGGCAAAACCACUGCCCAGCCCAAGGAGAAGACGCUCGCUCGCAUGACAUGGGACUCAAACUAAGAGACCUGAAUCACUCUCAUCACCAUCAAAAUGACAUAUUCUGAGGCAGUGAGCUCAAACACGCGCAUAUAUGCUUGUUAGUUAAAUCAUGCAAUGUAUGAUGUAUAGAACCUAACGAAAGGUAGCACUUUGUGUUUUUCCCAGCAAUAAACGAUUUCAGUUCAAUUCGUGGAAAAAAGCUGAAGGAACAUGCUGUUGUUUUAGGUCGGUGAGAUCUGAAAUACUCGUCUGUGUUUUCGUUAAAACUGUUAAAGCCAGCUCGUUUCGUCUAGCCGGUGGUGCGACGCCCUGUUGUGCCAUAGUGAUUCUGUAAUUAGAUUUCCAUCAAAGCGAGAGAUGAUGGACAGAUGAGGGGCAUGUGUUGACAUUCCAGGGGAUCUAGCGGUUCGUAUUAAAUGUCAUGGGGAUGAAGGUGGUUGGUGUUGUUCCUAACUGACCCUUUUUGAGAGACGUCUAGAUGUGUGUGUGUUUUAUUUCUUUGCACCUAAUAAUGCAAGGACGAGUUGAGAAAGUCACUUGUGUUUUUCAUUCUUUCUUUAAUUUGCAGUGGUGUACACAGGCUUGUUUUUUAAAAGAUGUUCUAGUUUUGUGUCGACACUUUUGUGCCCCAACACUCGCAUUUGAACCAAAUUGAAUGCAUUUAGCACGCAGCCUACGUACAAGAACAAGCAAUAACCUUAGUAAAGAUCUAACAUCUUCGUUUUGUGUUUUUGUAAGGGCUGGCACUGUAAUAUUUAUACAGUAUUUACCUGUAGUAUUCUUGUUCGUACCUGUUCCGUGAAAGACAAUCCAUCAAAUAUCUGACCUCAUUAAUGGGUAUUUUGAGACUGCUCAGGGAAAACUAUUGUUUUAUAGUUGAGGAGGUGAGUGAACGUGUCCGAAACUGCAAGGAGAGUGGUUUGAAAAAAAUAAUGUGUAAAAAUAAUAAUAAUAUUAAUGAAAUAUUGUGAAAUUGUCCUCUUUGAGCAUCAGGGUCAGGUGUGUAAAUGAAGAUUUAUCCAAAACAAUUCUGAGCAGAAAGCAAUAAUAAUGGCAUAAUCAUGUUUUGAAAAUGAAAACUGCAUGCAAAUGCUUUAAAAGCAGAACUUUGUCAUGUGUUUUUGUUUGUUUUUUUUUUAAAAAAACGCUAGGUUUGGCCUUUUCCGAUGUUCUGAUGUCUUUGUUCUUUUGUUUUUUGGCCUGUGUAUUCUCUGUGAAUAUCUUUUUAGCAAUCCUUAAUCCCACUCUCUGUGCUGGUUAUAUCUAACUUUUCGGUUGGCUGUUGAACAAGUAUUAUGGCACUUAAAUGGUUAGCGAAUUCAUUUCUUAGGCCCAUCAAUUAACCGCAUUGGUUUCUGACCUUUUAAAGGUUCGCUAAGGAUCCUAGCUGUUUCUUAUUAUUAUGACAUGUGUAACGUGUGGUGUUAUCUGUGUGCUAGUCCAGAGGCCUGGAAUGUUCUUUCUUUAAUUUGCCAAUUAUCCUUUAAAUGUCCAUCACUAAGGCAGUAUUGUAUUUUCCUCUUGCUUUGGUUUUGGGGCAUGAGUACUUAAUCUUUCUAUGUAUAUGUUAAGGCAAGAGUAUCACAGUGACACAGUCCCUUUUAAGGUUGUCAUAUUUUCACUGACAAAUGACCAAAUGUUUUGUAUGAUAUACACACACACACACCGUGAUAUGCUAAUUUGUGAGUAAUGCUAAUCAUUUGAGUGGAUCACACAGUUUUUACUGAAGAAAAACUUCCUUUUGUUUUGGCAGACUUUGGGUUUUUCCUCUGUGCGUUUUCCAUCCUUGAAUUUUAACAGACUAAUGAACGGUCUUCUUCUGUUUUAAUCCACAAGCACUCUUCAACUAGUUCUCCAGUAGAUCUGUAGAAAUAGUCUAUUUCUUCCUGUUUGUUCGUUUUGAGGUAUUUUGCCUUUGUUUUGUAUAUACACCUGUACAAAAAUGCAAAAGUAUUGUUUUCUUUGAAAUACGGUUUUCAUCUAAUGUUGUGAUUUUUGUAUUUAGAGGUUUAACCCCCUAAAUUACUUUUAUUAAAAGCGCAUGUCACACAUUGACAAAUGGUGUGUUGAACGUGCUGAUAACAAUAAAAGAAAAAUCCCACAUCUUGUCAUGAAAA